CAUACACUAGAUUACCAAAAGUAUUGGCCCCGCCCUCCAAAUCAUGUGAUUCAGGUGUUCCAAUCCCCUCCAUGGUCACAGGUGUAUACAAUCAAGCCCCUAGGCAUGCAGACGGCUUCUACAAACAUUGGUGAAAGAAUGGGUCGCUCUCAGGAGCUCAGUGACUCCAAGCGUGGUCCCGUGAUAGGUGGCCACCUGUGCAAUAAGUCCAUCCGUGACAUUUCCUGGCUACUAAAUAUUCCACGCUCAACUGUUAGUGGGAUUAUAACAAAGUGGAAGCAACUGGGAACAACAGCAACUCAGCCACCAAGUGGUAGGCCAAGUCACAUGACAGGGCGGGGUCAGCGCAUGCUGAAGCGCACAGUGCGCAGAAGUCGCCAACUGUCUGCAGAGUCAAUGGCUAAAGACCUCCAAACUUGGUGUGGCCUUCAGAUGAGCCCAACAACAGUGCGUAGAGAGCUUCAUGGAAUGGGUUUCCAUGGCCGAGCAGCUGCAUCCAAGCCUUACAUCACCAAGUGCAAUGAAAAGCGUUGGAUGCCGUGGUGUAGAGUACGCUGCCACUGGACUCUA